CUGCUUGUCAACAUAUCGCAAGAAUGAUUCACCACCAGGCUUGAAAGUAACCACCUAAUAAGUACCAAUCAAGUUUCGCGCCCUUGUCGCCAUGGCGCGCCAGACAUACUUCGCCUACAGCGGUAAAACAGGGCGUGUCGCCCUCUCGACUUCCAGUCGUAUAGGUGGGCAUAUAGAUGGCUCAGGACAGCCAGCGGCCAAGCGGCGGCGACUGGACUCGGCCUGGGCUCCCACCGAGGAGCACAGCUCCUCCUCCUGGCGCUGCGAGUGCACGGCCUGCUGUCGGCCCAAGUCAGCACUGGAGGCACUCCCCGCAGAGCUCCUAGACCGCAUCUCGCAGACCUUGUCACCUAACGAGGUGACAUGCACGCUGCGCCUGCUCAGCCGCACACUGGCAGCCCACUUCCGCAGCCACACCGCCGUGCAUCUGUCGCAGCCGGUGCCUCACCACGCCUUCGUGCGGCGCUUCGGCCGUUGGUCCGCGGUGCGCUCGCUGCCGCUGGCUCAGCGGCGCAAGCUCAUCGCGCUGACGGCGGCCAGCGGCAGCUUGGAGAACCUGCGUGUGGUGGCGGGCGGUCCAGGCGUGACGCAGGCGGUUGGCAGUGCGGGCUGCGCGCUGACGGCGGAGGUGUUCACCGCCGCUGCGGCGGCGGGGCACAUGCACAUGUGCAAGGAGCUAUACAGCAUUGGCUGUCCCUGGGACACGAAUGCGGUGGAGGCGGCGGCACGCCGGGGCGACGUGCGCUUGGUGCGGGCCAUCGUACUCAGCGGCUGCCACUGGGAUCACUCGCGCGCCCUGUCAGCGGCGGCGGAGGGCGGGAGCUGGGAGGUGCUUGAGGAGCUCAUCCACCUACACGAGAGCGGCCAUUUAUGGACUGUUGGCGAAUGGCGGGACUACAACGAGGACGGCGAGACCGAGGAGGAGGAGGAGGAGGAGCGGGGCCCGGACGAGAAGGCGGGCGGCGGCGGUGGCAGUGCCGGAGUGCGCCAGCUGGCAACCCCAGUGGCAGCAGCACCCGCACCCGCACCAGCACCGGCAAAAGCGUUCACAGGAGCAGCAGCGUCGGCUGCAACGGAUGCUUCAGCUGACGCCGCCGCCAAGGCGGCUGCUGCUGCUGUUGGCUUGUCGGCGCUCCGGGCGAUGCCCGGGAUCAGGGACGUCCGCUCCAAAAACGAAAUCCUGCUCUCAGCGGCGUACGGCCUGCGGCUCAAGCACAUGGCAGAAUUGGUGGUCAGGAGCGGCGCCGUCGGAAGCCGCGCCCCGCGGCACCAGUUCCUGUUGUGGGCAACAGGCGAAGCACUGCUCAGCCCCACGCCCGACUGGCGAGCCAAGGCCCAGUGGCUGCUUGAUCGCUACACCGAGGCAGCAGCAGGCGGCGCUGGGGCCGCAGCAGCAGGGGAUGACGGCAAAGCAGCCGACGACCGGCCCGUACUGGACUGGUCCCUGGCUUCAGUGUUUGUUAAUCCAGGCUACCACCAGGGCCUCACGCUUCCGUCCUACACGGCGGAUGCGCUGCUGGAGCGCCUGUCUUGGGCCAGGCGCAGGGGCUGCUGUGUUCGCACGCCGCCGGAACAUGUCCUGCCCUGGGCUGACGUGGCUGGCAUGCAAGGUCUGUUUGCGUGGCUGCUCGCCGAUCAGCGCGCGUAUCCGCUUUCGGACUUCUUGUCCGCCGACGCUUUUCGGAGCAUGAUAUGCGGCGCGGCACAGGGCGGCCACGUCGGCACGCUGCAGGCGUUUGCGACCGAGCACCAACGCGCUCUGGAGGCCAUUGGGGAGCAGGCGGUGGCAGAGGCGGCAAAGGCGAAGCGGGCGGAGAGGCGUGCGCGUUGCAAGGCCCUGGGCCUCAUUGUCAGCAGCGAGGAGGGAGCGCAGGCGGAGGAGGGGGGAGCGGAGGAGCAGGCGGAGGAGCAGCAGGGGGAGGAGCAGGGUCAGGGGCAGCAGGAGGAGCCGCAGGAGGAGGCGGACUGGUUUGUGGAGGUAGAAAGGGAUGCGGAGGAGGAUGCGGGCGCAAGUGACGGAGGCGGCGGCGGUGUAUCAGCGCAGUCAUCAGGACCGGUAUGGCUGCCGCUAGCCGCGAAGCUCGCGGUGAAGGAUACUCAGCUAGGCGUGCUGCGGUGGCUCACUGCCGCUUACGGCGCGGCUGCUGUGCUGCAGGCGGACAUAUGGAGCAGCAUUGAAAUGUGCGGACAUGGCAACCCGGUGGCUAUCCUGGAGUUUCUGUCUUCUCAACUCGGGUGCCCGCCGGGCAGGCUGACAUACGACCAGAUGCUGCACGCCGUGGCGGAGGAGCCGGAGGAUGUGGCUUUGCGCCUGCUGGAUUGGUGGCGGGGGCAAGGCGAGGAGAAUGACCUACAAGGCAUGGGACAAGCGGCGGCGGAGGCGGGUCGUGUGCGGGUGAUGGUUCGGCUCAAGGCCAGCGCGGAUGCGCGGGGCGGCGACGGGGGCCUGACGCCGGCGCUGCUGAUGAUGGCCGUGUCCAACGGCCACCUGCCAAUGACCGAGUGGCUCCUGCAAAACCGGUGUCCGCUACCGAUGACUGCGGGGAGCUUGCUGCACAAGGUGCGAUCGUGCUCGGCGGACGGUUUGUUAGUUACCGCGGCCCGCAAUGGGGAUGUGGGCAUGUUGAAGCUGCUAUGGUUGUGCACGGACGAUGGGCCCGACUCGUUGCUGAGCGUGCCGCGCAGCAAGCGUGAAACGCUCAGGCGCACGCUGCUGGACGCGGCGUGCGGGUCGCAUUGCCCCUGCCUGCCGCUCAUAUCGUUCGCGCUGCGUGCCACGGGGGGGUACGUCACGGAUGCGGGGGCGCCGUAUGGUGACGGGUGGAAGUUCGUGGCUGCCAGGUGUGCGGCGGCUGUAGCCUUGCGGGAAGACGGUCAUGUGGCAGUAACCGCUGCCAUGUUUGAAUACUGGUGCGAGCGGCUGAGUUUCUUGGUGAAGGAGGCCCUGGACCUCGACCGGGCCGCUGCUACGGUUGAUGGCAAGGUGCAGUGGCGGGAGUCCUUGUUCCGCACCUCCCCAGAUGUGGGUAUGCUGGAGCGCCUCCAGGCAUCGAGGAAGGCGCUGAAGGCGGCCGCGGACACCGCCAGGGCCUGCAUCGCGAGAAUGAAGGAGGGCGUUUGGACUUGGUGCCUUGAUGAGCUGGAGGCUGCAGGGCGCAAGAGUGCGGGGCAGGUGGAGGACGAGGAGAUUGAGGAGGAGGAGGAAGCGGAGGAGGAGGAGGAGGAGCAGGGGUGAAGAGUGAGGAGGCGAGGAGGUUGGCGUAUGGGGUCUGUGCUCACACGCUGCUGGGACGGCGAGAUCGGAGACACGAGAAGUCGUUGGACGGACGGAAACAUGCCGCUACAUUUGCUUUGCUGCAGAGUCUACCGCAAGCUCAUGACCGCUGAACAAUGCGGCAGUGUGUGUUUCGGCUCGUGUCGGUGUUUCAGUCGAUGUGCGGUGGCGAAGCGCGCCGCUUGCUUCUCUCUGUGUUUGUGAGCUGGUUCCUCGCCUGCGUUUCAGAUUGGAUGGACGAGUUUCGAUGCUUGCGGCGUUGUGUGCAACCCUGUGCUGUGGCUGUUUGCGUGGUCGCAGGUAGGCCGAGUGUGUUGAGGCCGAGCAGUUGCCGUGGGAAGCCGGAGCAGCAGGGCACGGCAGCAGGUCCCUGGCAGCGUGGGCGGGCUUUUGCUUAGAUUGGGUAUCGACGUAUCGUGCGGGUGUGCUGUACGAUAACCGCCUCACCUUGCUGCCAACAGCAAUCAGGAAGGCGCGUCCCGUACCGUAAUAGUCAGGGAUCCCCGGUAUUGUUUGCUAAGGUAGUCUUCGCUUGCUUGCUUGCCGCGGGAUUGGGUCUAAGACUUGUUUGACGGUGCCCUUCACUGCAGUUUCGUUGGAAGACUGGUGGGGCUGCGGCGACCGUGUGUAGGGCGCGAGGUAGUUGAUGAGAGAUGGGUACGAUGCUACAAGGUAAGGGGCAGGUUCGCGCAGUCCGUCGGUCAGAUGUGGGCCCACAGCUGUUCACAGGACACGGGCACGCGGCGCUGCCUGCGUGUAAUCACUUGCGCAAGUUGAAGACCAAUCACGCCCUGGGUUUGUGCCAACCAAUGGGGCUGAGGAGUUAGGACACCGCGGGGGCGUGCACGGCUCACGUACGCGCGGUGCUCAGCCUAUGGCCAGGAAAGCUGGAUACGUGAUGGCACCGGGGAGGCCUCUCAUGGCCUCCCCGGUCAUGGCCUUGUCCCAUAUUGCAAGGUAUUGCUUCUUGACUUGAGACGAUGAUGUUGUAUAGAGUCUCUUUGGGCAGCCCUCGAGUUACGGUGGCUUGUCUCAUUGUCUGUGCUGGUCUGUGCGAGGAGUUGCUGAACUCUGGUACGGCAUGCAGCCGCUCAAGGACGAUAUCCUCAUCUU